GCGGCGAGGCCGGAGCCGGGUCGGGCCAUGGCCGCCUCGGAGCGGCUGUACGAGCUGUGGCUGCGUUACUACGCGCAGAAGGACCUGAGUUACCUGCAGCAAUGGCUGAAGGCCUUCGUGGGGGCCUUUGAAAAGAGCAUCUCACUCUCCUCCCUGGAGCCACGAAGACCAGAGGAGGCGGGUGCAGAAGUCCCACUGCUACCACUGGACGCCCUGCAUGUGUUAGCUGAGCAGCUAGAACAGGAGGACCUAGAGCAAGCCCUGCUGCUGCUCAAGCUCUUCAUCAUUCUCUGCAGGAACCUGAAAAAUGUAGAGGCAGGCUGGGGGCAGGUGCUGGUGCCCCGCGUGCUGGCAUUACUCACAAGGCUAGUGGCUCAGCUCAAAGGACCCCCACUACCACCAGAGGAUCGGGAGACCCAGCUGGAGAAUGUGGCCCUGCAUGCCCUGCUCCUCUGUGAGGGGCUCUUCGACCCCUACCAGAUCUGGCGGCGCCAGCGUAGUGGGGAAGUCAUCAGCUCCAAGGAGAAGAACAAAUACAAGUUCCCUCCUGCAGUUUUGCCCUGUGAAUUCAGCACCUUCUUCCAAGAGAGCCUGCAAAAUGCCCAGCUCCUGCCUGCCAGGCUGCUAUUACGGCUUAUCCAUCUCUUCGGGGCUGUCCUCGCGGGAGGAAAGGUAAGCUGGGAGGAGAAUGGCCAGUUGGCAGUGAGUGCCGGCUCUGUGCAAGGCCUGCUGGGAGUGGUGUGGGGCUGGGCUCAUGGGCCAGCCCAGGACUCUCGGCUUGUGCUGUCAGCAGUGGAGGCCCUGGUGGGCGCAGUUCACGUCCUCCACGCCAGCCGCGCACCACCCCGUGGGCCAGAGCUCCGUGCCCUGUUGGAAGGCUACUUCCGCGUCCUCAACGCUGACCGGCCCCCUGGUCCAAGCUCAGGCCCUGAGGAAGCCCUGGUCACCCUGCGGGUCAGCAUGCUGGAUGCCAUCCCCAUGAUGUUAGCGUGUGAAGACCGGCCCGUCCUCCAGGCUGCCUUCCUCAGCAAUAAUUGCUUCGAACACUUCAUUCGCCUCAUCCAGAACAGCAAGCUGUACCUGCAGGCCCGGGCACCCUCUGAGAGGGACAGUGACCUGGCUACCCGGUUACUGACCGAGCCCGAUGUACAGAAGGUACUAGACCAGGACACAGAUGCUAUUGCCGUCCACGUGGUCAGGGUGCUGACCUGCAUCAUGAGCGGCUCUCCUUCAGCCAAGGAAGUGUUCAAGGAACGUAUCGGCUACCAGCACCUCCAGGAGGCCUUACAGAGCCAAGGACCUCCUACCCAGCGCCUUUUGCAAGAGCUGCUCAACAUGGCCGUGGAGGGUGAUCACAGUCUAUGCCCCCCGCCACCGAUCCGCAACGAGCAGCCCGUGCUGGUGCUGAUGCAGUGGCUACCAGCGUUGCCCACCGCCGAGCUGCAGCUCUUUCUGGCUCAGCGUCUCCAGUGGCUCUGUACCAGCUGCCCUGCCAGCCGGGCCACCUGCGUGCAAGCAGGCCUAGUGGGCUAUCUGCUGGAGGCCCUCAGCCUGGGCAUCGGCCUGGGAGCCCGCUGCCAGGAGCAACUGUUAGCCUUGCUGCAGGCCUUGGGUCGUGUGUCCCUGAGGCCUAUGGAGCUGCGUCGCUUGCUGCGCCCCCCACCGGGGCUGGUCUCGGGGUCCGAGGCUCAGAAGGCUCAACAUGCAGCCUCCAUCAUCCGGGCACUUUCGGGCAUGGCCAGGCACCAAGGUCCUACACGUAGCCUGCGCUACUUUGAUCUCACUCCAAGCAUGGCUGGCAUCAUGGUGCCCCCCAUACAGCGGUGGCCGGGCCCUGCCUUCACCUUUCAUGCCUGGCUCUGUCUGCACUCUGCCAAUACGGCACCUGCCUCAGUUUCUCCCCAGCCAUUCCAGCGGAAGCAGCUCUAUAGCUUCUUUACCAGCAGUGGUUCAGGGUUCGAGGCCUUCUUCACAGCAGCUGGAGCCCUGGUGGUAGCCGUGUGCACCCGGAAGGAAUACUUGACUGUGAGCUUGCCCGAAGUGUCCUUCGCUGACUCCGCCUGGCAUUCUGUGGGAAUCGUCCAUGUACCCGGGCGCCGGCCUUUUAGCCAGAACCUGGUCCAUGUCUACAAAGAUGGUCAUCUGGUCAAACUGGCACCGCUUCGCUGCCCAUGCCUCAGUGAGCCUUUCUCCUCCUGCUGUAUUGGCUCUGCUGGGCACCGCACCACGACCACCACUACAGGGCCGCCCUCGCCACCCGUGCCUGCUGCCCUCGCUCCUACUCACCCCUCCCUCACCCGCUCCCAAUCCGUGCCAGCCUCCACGGGGCUGGGCUGGGGAUCCGGGUCCGUAGCCUCCCUCCCGGAAGGCAGUAUCAGCUCCACCCUGGCUGGGACCCAGGACACCCGGUGGGGAAGCCCCACUUCUCUGGAGGGCGAGCUGGGAUCUGUGGCCAUCUUUCACGAAGCUCUGCAGGCCACCACCUUGAGGAAUCUGUAUGCCCUGGGACCUAAUGAGCCAGCACCCUUCAAGCCUGAAGGCGAGCUACAUGAACUUGGAGCCAAGCUUCUUUUGCAUUAUUCACCUCAGGCCUGUAAAAACAACAUCUGCCUGGACCUGUCCCCCAGCCAAGGACUAGAUGGUCGCCUGACAGGUCACAGAGUGGAGACGUGGGACGUGAAGGAUGUGAUCAACUGUGUCGGGGGCAUGGGUGCCCUGCUCCCCCUGCUGGAGAAAGUUGCAGCCCAGCCACACCAGGCCGACGCGGCCCCAGCAGAAACGCAUGACCUGGUAGGACCUGAGCUGACGUCUAACCACAAUGCCCAAGGUCUGCUCCUCCCGCUGGGCAAGUCUUCAGAGGAGCGGAUGGAGAGGAAUGCAGUGGCCGCCUUUCUGCUGAUGCUGAGGAACUUCCUGCAGGACCACGCUGUGAACCAGGAAAGCCUGGUGCAGUGCCAGGGACCGGCCAUCAUUGGGGCUCUCCUGCGGAAGGUGCCCAACGGAGCCAUGGACAUGAACGUUCUCAUGUCUGCCCAGCUGCUAAUGGAGCAAGUGGCCGCUGAAAGUGCGGGGCCCCUCUUAUACCUCCUCUACCAGCAUCUGCUCUUCAACUUUCACCUCUGGGCCCUCAGUGACUUUGCUGUGCGCCUUGGCCACAUCCAGUACAUGUCCAGCAUAAUCCGAGAGCACAGACAGAAGCUUCGGAAGAAGUACGGGGUCCAGUUCAUCCUUGAUGCUCUGCGCACCCACUACAGCCCACAGCGCGAGCGCCCCUUGGCGGCCGAUGACCUGCGCACAGUGCAGACUUCCCUGCUGGGGCUGGCCCGGGAGUUCCUGGUGCGCAGCUUCUCGGCUGAUGACGUGCAGGUGGUUCUGAGUUUCCUGGCGGCCGUGGGUGAUGACAGCCUGGCGAUCGGUGCACUGGACCUGCUGCUGGCCCUGCUGCAGGGCUCCCUGGCCCAAGACUCCUUGGCUGUCUUCUUGUUGGAGCCAGGCAACCUUGAGGUGUUGCUUGCACUGCUGGUGAGGCCGAAGGCGCUGUCUCCGCUGCCUGAUCGUGUCUGCAAGAUUCUGCGCAGGCUGCAGCAGAAUGAACGGCUGCCUGAACGGAGCCGUCAGCGCCUCCGGCUGCGGGAUGGUGGUCUCCAGGGCCUUGUCGCCUGCCUGCCAGAGGGAACUGUGUCCCCCCAGCUCUGCCAGGGCCUCUACAAGCUCUUCCUGGGGGCAGAUUACCUGAACCUCUCAGACCUGCUGGCUGUGAUCCAGCUGUCCCUACAGGCUGAUCUUCACGUCCGCCUGGACAUCUGUCGCCAGCUCUUCUACCUCAUCUAUAGCCAGCCAGAUGUGGUGCGGUUACUGGCUGGACAGGCGGGCUGGCAAGAUGUGUUGACCCAACUGUAUAUCCAGGAGGCCCCCGCGGCUCCAGGUCCCCAAGCUUUUUCUCCAGAGCCUCUGGCUCCUCUGGAGUCAGCCCUGUCUCCACCACCUACAGAAUCAUCUCCUGAGCCUUCAGACGUCUUCCUCCCCUCCGAUGCCCCCAGCCCUGACUCGGAUUCUUUUUACCAUGCUUUCUCUCCAUUCUCUACACCCUUUGACCUGGGCCUGGAACGGGCCAGUGUGGGUUCGGGCAAUAAUGCCAGCAGCAGUGGUGGUGGUGGUGGUAGCAGCAAUGGGACCAUUACUCCAGCCAGCCAGCCUGGCACCCCAUCCCCUCUAGAUGGGGCCCGGCCCUUCCCUACGGCUCAUGGCCGCCAUAGCUCAAGUCUCUCCAAUGUGCUGGAGGAUGGCAGUUUCCUGGAGCCCACCGUCAGCGGAGAUGACACCUCGAAUACCAGCAACCCUCAGCAGACCCCCGAGGAGGAGCUGUGCAACCUGCUCACCAAUGUGCUGUUCUCCGUGACGUGGCGGGGCGUGGAGGGCAGCGACGAGGCGGCCUGGCGAGAACGGGGCCAGGUCUUCUCUGUGCUCACCCAGCUGGGGGCCUCCGCCACCCUUGUCCGCCCGCCAGACUGCAUCAAACGCAGCCUCCUGGAGAUGAUGCUGGAGUCAGCCCUGACCGACAUCAAGGAGGCCCCUCCUGGAGGCCUGGGUGCUCUUACCCAGCAGGCUCUUUGGCUGCUCCGCCUACUUCAGGACUUCCUGUGUGCCGAGGGUCACGGCAACCAGGAGCUAUGGAGUGAGAAGCUCUUCGAAGGCGUGUGUAGUCUGCUGGACCGCCUGGGUGCCUGGCCCCAUCUGACCAACAGCACGGCCGAUCUCCGCGAGCUGGCACAGAUCGGCCUGCGUCUCGUGCUUGGUUAUAUCCUGCUUGAGGAUCCACAGCUGCACGCCCAGGCCUACGUGAAGCUGCACACGCUCCUGCAGACCGCAGCGCCCGUGCGCCGCCAAGAGGCCUGCUAUGUGCUGUCCAAGCUGGAGGCUGCGCUCAGCCGUGCGCUCAAUGCUGCCCCCUCCUCCCCGGACACCCUCACGGAGCAUGCGCGGAGCGCCUCCAACGCCAAAGCCACGACAGCCAGUGAGCGUUGCUCUUGGCUGGUGCCCCUGGUGCGCACGCUGCUGGACCGUGCCUACGAACCUCUGGGCCUGCAGUGGGGCCUGCCCUCCCUGCCGCCCACCAAUGGCAGCCCUACCUUCUUCGAGGACUUCCAGGCUUUCUGUGCCACUCCAGAAUGGCGCCACUUUAUCGACAAGCAGGUGCAGCCCACCAUGUCCCAGUUUGAGAUGGACACGUAUGCCAAGAGCCACGACCUCAUGUCGGGUUUCUGGAACGCCUGCUACGACACCCUCAUGAGUAGCGCUCAGCGGCACCAGCAGGAACGCUUGCAGUGUCGACGGGCCUUCCAGGAGCUGGUGUUAGAGCCUGUGCAGCGGCGGGCACGCACCGAGGGCCUGCGCUACGCCACAUCGCUGAAGCAGCAGGCAGCGCAGCACUCCACCGCUCUGCUCCACUGGGGGGCGCUGUGGCGCCAGCUCUCCAGCCCUUGUGGGGCCUGGGCGCUAAGGGACCCCCCAGCCCCCCACUGGAAGCUGUCCAGUGCCGAGACGUAUUCACGCAUGCGCCUGAAGCUGGUCCCCAACCAUCACUUCGACCCUCAUUUAGAAGCCAGCGCCCUACGUGACAAUCUAGGCGAAGUCCCUCUGACACCCACAGAGGAGGCCGCGCUGCCUCUUGCCGUGACCAAAGAGGCCAAAGUCAGCACCCCGCAUGAGCAGCUGCAGGAAGACCAGCUGGGCGAGGAGGAGCUGGCUGUGCUGGAGACCCCGAUGGAGGCCGCAGAACUGGAUGAGCAGCGGGAGAAGCUGGUCCUGUCGGCCGAGUGCCAACUGGUCACGGUGAUGGCCGUGGUUCCAGGUCUGCUGGAGAUCACCACCCAACACGUGUACUUUUACGACGGCAGCAUGGAUCGCGUGGAGACGGAAGAGGGCAUCGGGCACGACUUCCGGCGUCCCCUGGCCCAGCUGCGAGAGGUCCACCUGCGGCGCUUCAAUCUGCGGCGCUCGGCCCUCGAGCUCUUCUUCAUCGAUCAGUCCAACUACUUCCUCAACUUCCCCUGCAAGGCCCCCGCUGCUGCUGGGUCUGGAUCCGGAUCUCCCCCCUACCCCAGCCCGCCGCAUACCCACAUCCGCAACCAGGUGUACUCUUGGCUUCUGCGCCUGCGCCCGCCCAGCCAGGGCUACCUCAGCAGCCGCUCACCUCAGGAGAUGCUGCGGGCCUCGGGGCUCACCCAGAAAUGGGUCCAGCGAGAGAUCUCCAACUUCGAGUACUUGAUGCAACUGAAUACCAUUGCAGGGCGCACCUACAAUGACCUGUCUCAGUACCCCGUGUUCCCCUGGGUUUUACAGGACUAUGUGUCACUAACCCUGGACCUCAGCAACCCGGCCGUCUUCCGGGACCUGUCCAAACCCAUCGGCGUGGUGAAUCCCAAGCAUGCGCAGCUCGUGAGGGAGAAGUACGAGAGCUUCGAGGACCCAGCUGGCACUAUCGACAAAUUCCAUUACGGCACCCAUUACUCCAACGCCGCGGGCGUAAUGCACUACCUCAUCCGUGUGGAGCCUUUCACCUCUCUGCACGUCCAGCUACAGAGUGGCCGCUUCGACUGCUCCGAUCGGCAGUUCCACUCAGUGGCGGCCGCCUGGCAGGCCCGGCUGGAGAGUCCCGCCGAUGUGAAGGAACUCAUCCCCGAGUUCUUCUACUUCCCUGACUUCCUGGAGAACCAGAAUGGCUUUGACCUGGGCUGCCUGCAGCUGACCAAUGAGAAGGUGGGCGACGUGGUGUUACCCCCAUGGGCCAGCUCUCCUGAGGACUUCAUCCAGCAGCACCGCCGGGCUCUGGAGUCGGAAUAUGUGUCUGCGCACCUGCACGAGUGGAUCGACCUCAUCUUUGGCUACAAGCAGCGCGGGCCGGCAGCCGAAGAGGCCCUCAAUGUGUUCUAUUACUGCACUUAUGAAGGGGCCGUAGACCUGGAUCACGUGGCAGACGAGCGGGAACGGAAGGCUCUGGAAGGUAUCAUCAGCAACUUUGGGCAGACUCCCUGUCAGCUGCUGAAAGAGCCACACCCAGCCCGGCUCUCGGCUGAGGAAGCAGCUCAACGCCUUGCACGCCUGGACACUAACUCACCAAGCAUCUUCCAGCACCUGGACCAGCUCAAGGCCUUCUUUGCGGAGGUGGUCAGCGAGGGUGUACCUUUGGUGCUGGCCCUGGUCCCCCACCGACAGCCCCACUCCUUCCUUAUCCAGGGCUCCUCGGAUUUGUUGGUGACCGUGAGUGCUAGUGGGGUGCUGGGCACCCACAGCUGGUUACCCUACGACCGCAACAUAAACAACUACUUCAGUUUCAGCAAAGACCCGACGCUGGGCAACCCCAAGAUGCAACGGGUCUUGAGUGGUCCCUGUGGCGUGAGUGCGCAUGCACUGGCCGUGGCCCCCGACGGGAAACUGCUCUUCAGCGGCGGCCACUGGGACGGAAGCCUGCGAGUGACCGCACUACCUCGGGGCAAGCUGUUGAACCAGCUCAGCCGCCAUCUUGACGUGAUCACCUGCCUGGCGCUGGAUACCUUCGGCAUCUACCUCAUCUCCGGCUCCAAGGACACCACGUGCAUGGUGUGGCGGCUUUUACAGCAGGGUGGUCUGUCAGUAGGGCUGGCACCCAAACCCGUGCAGGUCCUUUAUGGCCACAAGGCUGCCGUGAGCUGUGUGGCCAUCAACACGGAACUUGACAUGGCGGUGUCUGGAUCGGAGGAUGGAACUGUGAUCAUCCACACUGUCCGCCGUGGCCAGUUCGUUGCAGCGCUCCAGCCACCGGGUGCCACCCUGCCUGGCCCCGUGUCCCAUCUGGCCCUGGGGUCUGAAGGCCAGAUUGUGGUACAGAGCUCAGCCUGGGAGCGUCCUGGGGCUCAGGUGGCCUAUACCCUGCACCUUUACUCGGUGAAUGGGAGGCUGCGGGCCUCACUGCCCCUGACGGAGCAGCCCACAGCCCUGACCGUGAUGGAGGACUUCGUGUUGCUGGGCACGGCUCAAUGCGCCCUGCACAUCCUCCAUCUGAACAAGCUGAACCCCGCCGCACCUCCCCUGCCCAUGAAAGUACCAGUCCGCAGCCUGGCCGUGACCAAGGAGAGCAGCCACGUGCUGGUGGGCCUGGAAGAUGGCAAGCUGAUCGUGGUGGGCGCUGGGCAGCCUUCCGAGGUGCGCAGCAGCCAGUUCGCCCGGAAGCUGUGGCGAUCCUCCAGGCGCAUCUCCCAGGUGUCCUCGGGGGAGACGGAGUACAACCCUGGAGAGGCUCGCUGAGCUGGCCACGCCCCGGGAAACCACGCCCACUGGAGGCACCGCCCCCGGGAAACCACGCCCACGGGAGGCUCCACCCCCGGGAAGCCCCGCCCCUGGGAGGCCCGGAGCAGGCCGUACCAAGGGGGUGGGCGGGGCCUGCCCCCUUCGCUCAGGGAUUGGCGAGUGGCGUCCCCCGGAAGUCCCGCCCCCCCGCCGGCCGAGGCGGCGGGAGGUCCGGCGCCGGCCUCCACGGCCUCCUGCAGUGAGAGUUUGCACAGGACGCGG